AUGGUUAAGGAGACAAAGUACUACGACACGUUGGGUGUCGCUCCCACAGCUACCGAUGCCGAGCUGAAAAAGGCCUACAAGGUCAACGCUCUCAGGUAUCACCCUGACAAGAACGCCGACAACCCUCAGGCUGAGGAGAAGUUCAAAGAGAUCUCACACGCCUACGAGAUCCUCUCUGACGAGCAGAAGCGCGCCGCCUAUGACCAGUAUGGUGAGGCCGGCCUGGAGGCGGGAGCCGGCGGCGGCGGCGGCAUGGCGGCCGAGGACCUAUUCGCCCAAUUCUUUGGCGGCGGCGGCGGCGGUUUCGGCGGCAUGGGAGGCAUGUUUGGCGACAUGAGGGGAAAUCGGGCCCCCCCGAAGGCCCGCACUAUCCACCACACCCACCGCGUCGCCCUGGAGGAUAUCUACCGCGGCAAGGUGUCUAAGCUGGCCCUUCAGCGGUCCAUCAUCUGCCCCAAGUGCAUGGGCAUCGGCGGUAAGGAGGGGGCUGUUAAGAAGUGUUCCGGCUGCGAUGGCGCCGGCAUGAAGACCAUGAUGCGCCAGAUGGGCCCCAUGAUCCAGCGCUUCCAGACGGUCUGUCCCGACUGUAACGGAGAGGGGGAGAUCAUCAAGGACAAGGACCGCUGCAAGCAGUGCAACGGAAAGAAAACGGUCGUCGACCGCAAGGUCCUCCACGUCCACAUCGAUCGCGGCGUCCGCUCCGGUACCAGGAUCGAGUACAAGGGCGAGGGUGACCAGGCCCCCGGCGUCGAGGCCGGAGACGUCGUCUUCGAGAUUGAGGAGAAGCCCCACGCCCGCUUCACCCGCAAGGAGGACGAUCUUCUCUACAACUGCGACAUCGAACUUGUCACCGCCCUCGCUGGUGGCACCAUCUACAUUGAGCACCUUGACGACCGCUGGUUGAGCGUCGAUAUUCUUCCUGGAGAGGCCAUUGCUCAGGACACCGUGAAGAUGAUCCGCGGACAGGGUAUGCCUUCGGCUCGCCACCACAAUUACGGCAACAUGUACGUUCGCUUCAACGUCCGCUUCCCCGAAAAGAACUGGACCCAGGACGAGUCAGCAUUCGAGGCCCUGAGGAAUGUCCUCCCCCCCGCCCCCGCCCAGGCCGACGCCCCGAACGACGACAUGACAGAGCCCGCUGAGCUCGAGGAUAUGGACACGACCUCGCAGAAUCGCGUCUUUGGCGGCGGCGCCAUGGAUGAGGAUGAAGAUGAAGCGCCCGGAGGCGAGCGCGUCCAGUGUGCUUCGCAGUAA